AUGAUUUCCCUUCACUCCGUUCCCUUUUUAUUAAUCCUUACUAUCAUUUUGUUUCUAACCAUAACUAACUCUCAUCAAAAUGAAGACCAAAUUAAUCUCGACAAACGGGGUGUAAAACAAUAUAUACAUCAAAACCAUCGUAAGCAUCGUAAGCACAAGUAUCACCCAAUCCAUCAUAAUAAACCCCAUCGUUUAAAAUAUUACGAUGAUUUUAAACACUUCGAAAAUCAUGAAGAUACCAAACACUUCGAAAACCAUAAAGAUACCAAACACUUAGAAAAUCCUAAAGAUACCAAACAAUUCGAAAAAGCUAAAGAAGCCAAACCCUUCGAAAAUCAUAAAGAUACUAAAAACUUAGAACAUUUUAAUGAUCAUAAAUAUCAAGAAUAUCCUAAUCAUUAUGAUCAUAAAUAUCAAGAAUAUCCUAAUCAUCAUAAUAAUUUUGAACAUCCUAAUGGCCAUAAUAACUUCGAACAUCCUAAUUAUCAUAAUAAUUUCGAACAUCCUAAUGAUCAUAAUAACUUCGAACAUCCUAAUGGUCAUAAUAACUUCGAACAUCCUAAUGAUCAUAAUAGCUUCGAACAUCCUAAUAAUCAUAAUAACUUUGAACAUCCAAAUGAUGGUAAAUUCUUGGAACAUCCAAAUAAUCCUAAACCAAUUGUGCCUCCAAAGCAACCUGAACAUAAAACCACUAAAUGUUCUAAAACCACAAAAUAUUCGGCAACUACCAAUAAUAACCAGCAAACAUCUAUUACCACCAACCAGGAGCCUAUUACUACUAAAAAAUUUACAACUACAUGUACAAAAAAUACUAACCAAAAGUCCGAAACCACUAAUAAACAUGUAAAUACCCAAACUACUCAUCGAAAGUCAGAUACCACAAAUACUACGACUACAAAGAAAAAGUGCUCAACAACAAACAAACCGACUACUACAACAGCUACCACCAAUACUACGACUACAAAGAAAAAGUUCUCUACCACAAAAAAACCGACUACUACAACAGCUACCACCCAUACUACGACUACAAAGCAAAAGUGCUCUACCACAAAACAAACAACUACUACAACAGCUACCACCAAUACUAAGACUAAAAACCAAAAGUGCACCACCACAAAACAAACAACUACUUUAACAGCUACCACCACUGGAAUAACUACUAUAGCGACCACAUCAAAGGAAUGCACAGUUAGUACCACCACUGGAAUAACUACUAUAGCGACCACAUCAAAGGAAUGCACAGUUAGUACCACCACUACUGGACAAGGAUCUACAGCAAGUACCAGCGCCACUACGACUGCACCAGCCACCACCACUGAACAAGCAACGACCGCAGAAGCAACCACCACUGAACAAGCAACAACAGUAGAAGCAACCACUACUGAACAAGCAACAACAGUAGAAGCAACCACCACUGAACAAGCAACGACCGCAGAAGCAUCCACCACUGCACAAGCAACAACAGUAGAAGCAACCACUACUGAACAAGCAACGACCGCAGAAUCUACCACCACUGAACAAGCAACAACAGUAGAAGCUACCACCACUGAACAAGCAACAACUGCAGAAGCUACAACUACUGAACAAGCAACAACAGUAGAAGCUACAACCACUGAACAAGCCACAACAGUUGAAGCUACCACUACUGAACAAGCAACAACA